CCCCAGCUGGACAGCUCAUAGGGUCAUGACGGGGCUGGGGAACUGUGGGAGGCUGAGAACACCCCAGGUGCGACUCAGGGAGAGAACUGAAGCCUGGGGAGCUCAGCCGGGCCCAGGGGAUCCAUGGGACCCUGCCUGCUAACUGCCUCCCUGAAGGGACACUCCCUCCAUCUGAAACCCACAUGCCCCAGCCUCAGCCAGGUGACUGUUUCCAGCGAAGGCAAGAGCCCUGUCGGCCAGGCUCCCCCCAGGGCGCCAGGCUCAGGCCUCAGCCCAGGCACCUGCUGAUUCUGAUCCAGUGACAGGAAAGUGGAGGUGCCUUUCUCCACCCAUUGCGCGGAUGAGGAAGCUAAGGCACAGAAACGGGCAGCCGCUAGCCAGAGCCCGCCAGGGCCAGGCCCCCACUGGCGCAGAUGCGGGACCCGAGGCACAGCAGUAUCCACGUGGGUGAAGCAUAGGCCACGUGAACCUGGGUCCGUGGGAUCCCAGGCCCCGGCCAGCCCCCAACCCCGGCUGGCGUCUCGGUCCAGGGAGUCUCAGCAUCCCCAUCUGCAGAAUGGGCUGGAGGCUCCCCCAACAGGCCCGCCCAGGCGCCCCCGGGGGCCAGAGCGCCCUUCCCCCACCCUCCCCGCCCCCACCCGCGGGCGCCGCGGCUGCAGGAACAAGAGAGCGGCGGCGGCGCCUCUGCGCUCAAGUGACGGCGCCUUUGUCUCCGCUGAAUGGGUGCGUUGCUAGGGCCGCUCGUAGCAACGGAGCCGCUUCCACCUGGGCCCCACCCUCCGGACCCCCUACCCGGCCGGGCUCUCCGGACGCCCCCGCUUCCAGUCCCCACCCCACCCCGCAACCCAUUCAGCGGGGCAGCGGGGGCUGCCGGGCUGUGUCCCUCGCGGGCCGCCACCGCCCCUCCUAAAAGGCCUCAGAGCCCUGGGGCAUGCGAGGAUGGAGAAACAGACGCAUAGAGGGGACUGGCCAGGGUCUCCCCCACCCUCAGUUCCCAGAGCCCUUCCAUCCCCGGCUUCUCCACCAGGACCCUCUGCCAGCCCAGCCCAAGGGCGCACUUUCCCACUAGGUUUUUAAAGCGUGCCUGGGAAACUCGCAGUCAAACCCUGCCCAGCUCAGCUCUGCCAGGACCCCAGACCCCAGAACGGCACAGCGGGAGUCCUCCAGAGCCAACAGCGGCCCCUGCUCCAGCGUC